AUGUCAUUGAUUACUACUCUUAUUAAGCCAGAUUCAACUCUCCAUGUAGUCUAUGCGAGGAUUGUUUCACCUCGAGAAUACCACUUGGUCACAGCCAAGAAUGCUUCCAUCGAUAUUUACUCCAUCACAGAGACUGGCUUGGCUCUGAUUGAAUCGCUACCGGUAUAUGGACAGAUUGAAACACUUCUAGCAUUCCAACCAGUGAAGAGACCUGAUAGCGAUAAUUUUGCGAGUAGCAGCGAAGGCAAUUCAAAUUCAAAUUCAAAUUCAAAUUCAAACUCAACGGAUUGGAUAUUCUUUAGUCUAAAUGAUGGCACUACGCAUGUUCUCUGCUAUUCAAGUGGAAAGUUCGUUUGUUUUAAAAGCGCUGAAAGAGAUAAUGAAGAUAGAAGAGCUUCAACAACAUUCAGUUUAGUGCAUAGAGCUGUUUUGGAUCCGUCCGGGUCUUUCAUUGCUCUGUAUAGAUCGGUUGGGUACAUUACUUUGUUCAAGAUAUCCAAAAGAGCUCUUGAGGCCAUUACGAAACCUACAUCUGUUGGCAAGAAACAUCUGGAGAGCAUUUUCAGCCAGGCUCAUAUUGUGAGUCCUAUAGAUUUCGUGGAUCUCAAGAACAUGACUUUCCUGGCAGGAAUGAAGUCACCAACUCUGGCAGUUCUUCAUAAGCAGCAGGAAGGUGGUCGACGGACUGCUGGUAAUAUGAGUGGUGACGCUCUUUACAGUGUCAACCUUUUCAAUGUUGAUUCAUCCAAAACAAAAUUGAUCCCUAGGGCUAGUCUAAAUAAUAUUAAUCUGACGGUGUUUCAUAUUAUCAUUCCCAUAUCUGAACCACUAGGGGGCUUCAUUUUAUUAGGGGGACAGUGUCUUAUAUACUGCAGAGGAUCAGAGAAGUUAAGAAAUGGAACGGGAAGCGAUAAACUUGAUACCCAGCAUGUUGAUUUUAGAGAAGGUGGAAUCGGACAAGAUCAAGUAUUUACUACCUAUUCAGAGAUCGACUAUAAUCGAUAUCUGGUAGGAACUGAAACUGGCCAUUUGUAUCUGUUAUACUUGAAGGCAGUUGAUGAUUUGGGAAGAGAGAUCCAGGCGUAUCUAGUUCCUGUGGGACAGACUUCACCUGCCACACAGCUUGUCCACCUAUCCUCAAACUAUUUUUUUGCAUCAAGCCACGCCUCCUUACCAGUUCUCUUUCAACUUGAAAGUGAGCACAAUUCCUUCUCCAUUCGAAUUAUAGAGGAACUUGAGAAUCUGGCUCCUAUAGUUGAUAUCGACCUACAAAAUGAUGAUAAUGGCAAUACUACUAUAACCACAUGCUCGGGUGGUGUUACUGGAAGCUCAUUAAAAAGAAUUGAAUAUGCAUAUCAAGUUGAUAGACUGGCAGAGAUUUCUCUUGAUGCUGAGUCAGAAGAUAUUGAAGCUGUUCAAUCCAUGUGGCAAGUCGGCAAUGUGACGGCCACCAGUUUCCUCUCGGGGACCAGACUUAUAUCCAUGGAUGAAGAUGGAGAGUUUUCUGAAUUAAAAUCCUGGCAGGGUAUUGAUCUGGGUAUGAGUACAGUCUUACUGGGAAAAUUAGCGGAUAAUUUAGUCCAAGUAACGUCAGAUAGGGCUUGGAUGCCACAGCUUCAGAAAUCGUGGUCCGAUGAGAGUAUAGCAUUUGCAUCUUUAGGGGCCGAGUAUCUGGCUCUAUGCAUCCUCAAGCAAUCAGUCGUAAUUCUAGAUGAAACUCUAGAGAGAUUACACUCAAUGUCAUUUGAAGAUUCUAUUUCAGCAUUAAAUAUUAAGGACGAUGGGUCGUACUAUGCAGUUGGCUUUUGGAACACAUCAAAAGUAAGCGUAGUAGAUGUUCAAAGCGAUAAAGUAUACAUUGUAGACUUGGGUAGUAACUCGCCACCUCGGUCUUUGUUGUUUAUAAAAGAGACGGGAAAUGAGAUUAUUAUUAUGAUCGGUAUGGCAGAUGGUGCAGUUCUUGUGUUUGAUGUUUUGAAAAACGAACAAAUUGCAGGAUUUUCCAUUGGCGAUCAGGCAGUAAGUCUCCAAGAAUACCGUGGUCAGGUCCUGGCAGUGUCAACUCAGGUAUGUCUUAUAGAACGACAACCCGAGUCGUCUUUCCAGAGACAUACAUUUUUCGUUACCAGGAUACAUUGUGAGACGCCGGUGGCAUGGUGCCAGUUGCCUAGAUCAGUUUACGGAGAAGGAGCUAUCUUGUCAGCUUCAGAUAAUGGUGUUCUAGUGGUAUCGAGAAUUGCAUCCAAUCCAGGAUACAUGUGUGCUCAGGAGAGGAGGUUUGAAAAAUCUUUCGCGAGGCGAAUUGCUCACAAUUAUAAUCUGGGGCUCACUGCUGUAGGAACAUUACCUCAGAUGCUGUGGUCGCAAAAUCACACUGCUGAUAGCUGUACUAUCCACCUACUGGACCAAUCUACAUUCGAAACGCUUGACACUUUCAAGUUAGAGCCAUCAGAAAUUGUUGAAAACGUGACAUCCAUUUCGUCUGAAAUGAUUGAAUUCGAGGGAUUUAUAGUGGGUACAAGCUGCGAUGAUAGUGCUAGUGCCAAUUAUGAAUCCGCAGUGUCUACUGGCCAGGGGCGAAUACUUCUUCUUAUUGUGGAUAGGGAAAAUAGGAAACUCAGGCUUUGUACGGACAUGAAGCUUGCAGCAAGCGUUUUUAGCAUUGAAUUGAUAGAUGAGAAACUGACAGCUCCUACAGUGAGACUCUUGUACACAUAUCAGUCGCACGUGAAAGAACUUCUUCUGAACAGAAUAUCCAAUGAUACCUUCACACUUGAACUUGUUCCUGGGUCAACUCUGAAAUGUUCUACAGCCCCUUUAUUUAUUUCGUCCUUGAACAAUAAAGUGGUGGUUGGCCAACUAUUGCAAAGAGUUACGUCAGGAGAGUACUCGCCAUCGUACGCAUUAGAUAAAACAGCGUCAUGCGUAGGAGGCUAUUGGCAGUCGAACGUUGAACUCAUAUCGUCAAAUCGGGUCCUGGUAUGUGAUAACGAGCUCAACUUGGUAGUACUGGAAAUCAGUAGUGAGCAAGAGAAUGAACCUUCUAAUCUGAGUGUCAUAUACACUUACAGACUAGGAGAGCUGGUCAACAAAGCGGUAAGAUUACCUCGUGGCAACAGAUGGGAACAACGGUUCCAAAAGUCGGUGGAUUACAAGAGCCAUAUCCAACCACAAGCUAUAAUAGCCACAGUGUUUGGUGGGGUAUAUCUCUACAGCGAAGUUUCUGACGCAUCGCUCGAUGAACAACUUGAUAUUCUACAAGACAAUAUUCUCGCCAACACCAAGACCAUCAAUGCACCAAAUGGCGGUAAGAAAGCCAUUGAUCUGUAUCGCGAGUAA